UACACAAUCCUUACCCACCUGCGGCCGCCGCUAAUUCGAGCGUCAUCGACACCGCUGAUCCGUGACGGACACUACUGGCCAAAAUGAACCCCAGCGCGUAAAGACUGGCGGCUGUUGUGUAAGCACCAUUCGAGUCAUUUCCACUCAAUCCACUAAUCUGCCAUCAGUGUGCUUGGUGCCACCGAAACAUGUACACAUUGUAGUUGACCUUUCCGUGGUGAUGACUGCUUUAAGACCUCCCUUCGUACAAUUGAGAAGCGCUCACCCGUUGUAUGUAACAUUCUUUUCAUUUAUCACAGCACCUUUGGGGUUCGAAAAUACAUCCUGCUGCUUUUCACGAUGGGGAUGCAGCGGCGAAACUGUCUCAUGUGGUGUCACUAGUGGGGUGUAUAUCCAGGCGCUUGUGUUGUCACUUGUGCUUGAGCGCAUUUAUACCGUUCCCUUGCUAGUUAUCGCCACGGCUAUCAACAUUAGUGGUUAUAUUUUAAUGAAUAUUGCAUGCACGCGAGUGGAUGGCACCUCCAAGCUCGAGAUAUGCUCAUGUUGUGGAAACUAUUCACGCUCAGAUAGAGGGCAGUGUACUCGAAAGAAAUUUUGUUGCUUCUUCACAAUUUCACCUUCGUUUUCACCUCCCUUUCAUACUCCUUUACCCAACCUUUACCCGCAUCUGCCUCAACACUUUGCUAGUCUGCGGCUUCGGGAUCGUCUCCACAAUGCCAAUGCCCCCCUCAACCACUUGUACCGACUCAGCUGCCCCUGCACCCAUGCAUCGAGCCGUGUUUCUCACCGAGCAUAGCGCCUGCCGGAGAUAGCACGAUCCAUGCACACGAGAUGCGUUCGUCCGAGGUACGCCCGCGACACUCA